UUAGAUUCAUCAUUCUUUAGAAGACCACUCAAUUGUGGGGUUUCUCAUGUUUUUUGUUGCCACAAUUAACCAAGGCACCAAGAGGAAUAUCAUACAAUAAACUUUUUUUAAAAUAAAGACGAGACCAUGAGAUCUGAUCCAGAAGACACCACUCUCCAAAUGACGUUCGACGACCAUGGUGAUGAACUGAAAACCAAAGCAGCAACACCCCGAACCAUUGGUACUGUUAUUGCGGGAUCACCACGUUUUUUUGGGGCCGUGUUGAUCCUGGUCAUGGUGAGUGUUCAGAACGUCCAUCGAUUCUAUCAAGCAGCACCACGAGAAAACAGCAACAGCAACAGCAGAAGUCGCAACGUCAUGAAAAUGACAGAGGAGGAGGAGGAAGAAGUUGACACGUACACUUUGGUGGUGGUUCACUGCAAGGCCAAUAUUACGUGGCUCGAUGAAGUCCCGUCGGAUUGGAGAAUCGUCCUUUACAACAAGUGCAACAACAAAAAAGUGCAAAAGGUAAUACCCAAUGUCACUCUGACCCAGCACGUCCCUGCCAAUGCUGGGGAAGAAGAGUGCAAUGGAUAUCUGGAUUUCAUGUACGACUACUACCACAAUCUGAGCACCGUCACGGUAUUCAUGCACGACGAUGGACUGAUACCCUACGAUACCAAACACGAGGCCAAACUCUACCAUACCCCAUUUUCUACCUUUGAGCCUAUUGUCAAUGUCACCAAACAGUUUCUCACUCCACAACAUCCAUUCCUACACUUGGGAAAACUUGAAAUCAUGGAAAAGUGGGGAAAGGAUCCUUACUGGGGACUAGCCCAAAAGAUUCUAUGGCCCUACUUUGCUGUUCCGGUUCCUAAUAAGGACAACAACAACACCAGUACCAGUAUGAUUCCCCUGGAACAACAAAAAAUGAAACUCCCAAGGCAUCCCCAAAAGACGUCCUUCAAACCCAGUGCCCAUUUUGCAGUCCACAAACAACAAAUACAAAAACGACCACAAUCCACCUAUUGGGCCAUCCUCCAACAAUCGCGAUUUGCAUCACAGGUGAAAGACAGCUACCCCAAUGCCAGGCAAUUCUGUUGUGCCAUGGAACGCACGUGGCAUGUCUUUUUUGGAGAACCACAUUUGUUGCCCACACGGGCCAUUGCAUCCGAUCUACUCAACAUGACCAAAUGUCAGUUUUGUGAAGGAUAA